AUGAGCGGAUCGGUCCCGCCGAGCCGGGCUCUCUAUUUCAGCGGGCGAGGCGAGCAGCUGCGCCUCCGGGCCGAGCUGGAGCUGCCCCGGGACGCCUUCACGCUGCAAGUGUGGCUGCGCGCGGAGGGCGGACAGCGCUCCCCGGCCGUCAUCGCAGGGCUGUAUGACAAAUGCUCUUAUACCUCGCGUGAUCAAGGAUGGGUCGUGGGCAUUCACACCGUCGGUGAUCAAGGCAACAGAGACCCACGCUACUUUUUCUCCUUGAAGACAGACCGGGCCCGGCAAGUGACUACCAUCAAUGCCCAUCGCAGCUACCUCCCAGGCCAGUGGGUAUUUCUAGCUGCCACCUAUGAUGGACGGCUGAUGAAGCUCUAUGUGAAUGGUGCCCAGGUGGCGAAUUCCGGAGGGCAAGUGGGUGGCAUAUUCAGCCCACUGACCCAGAAGUGUAAAGUGCUCAUGCUGGGGGGCAGCACUCUGAGUCACAACUACCGAGGCUACAUCGAGCACUUCCGUCUCUGGAAGGUGGCCAGGACUCAGCGAGAGAUACUACUGGACAUGGAAAAUCAUGGCCUCUACACCCCUCUACCUCAGCUCCUCCUCCAGGAGAACUGGGACAAUGUGCAACGCAUUUGGUCCCCCAUGAAAGAUGGCCACAGCCCCCGAGUGGAGCUUAGUAAUGCCCACGGCUUCCUGCUGGACACGAAUCUGGAGCCCCCUCUGUGCGGGCAGACGCUGUGUGACAACAAAGAGGUCAUCGCCAGCUACAACCAGCUCCCCAGAUUCCGCCAGCCGAAGGUGGUGCGCUACCGCGUGGUCAACCUCUACGAUGAUGACCAUGAGAACCCAACCGUGAGCCGCCAGCAGGUGGAUUUCCAGCACCAGCAGCUGGCCGAGGCCUUCCAGCAUUACAACAUCUCCUGGGAGCUGGAGGUGCUGGAGGUGAAUAACUCCUCCCUGCGUCACCGCCUUAUCCUAGCCAACUGUGACAUCAGCAAGAUCGGGGAUGAGAGUUGUGAUCCUGAGUGUAACCACACGCUGACCGGCCAUGACGGCGGGGAUUGCCGGCACCUGCGCUACCCAGCUUUCAUGAAGAAGCAGCAGAACGGCGUAUGCGACAUGGACUGCAACUACGAACGCUUCAACUUCGAUGGUGGGGAGUGCUGUGACCCCAACAUCACCAAUGUCACCGAGACCUGCUUUGAUCCCGACUCUCCACACAGAGCCUACUUGGAUGUUAAUGAACUGAAGAACAUUCUUCGACUGGAUGGAUCAACACACCUCAAUAUUUUCUUUGCAAAGUCCUCAGAGGAGGAGUUGGCUGGAGUAGCCACUUGGCCGUGGGACAAGGAGGCUCUGAUGCACUUAGGUGGCAUUGUCUUGAACCCAUCUUUCUAUGGCACUCCCGGGCACACCCAUACCAUGAUCCACGAGAUUGGGCACAGCCUGGGCCUCUAUCACAUCUUCCGUGGCAUCUCAGAAAUCCAGUCCUGCAGUGACCCCUGCAUGGAAACGGAGCCCUCUUUCGAGACGGGAGACCUCUGCAAUGACACCAACCCAGCCCCGAAACACAAGUUGUGUGGUGACCCAGGACCAGAGAAUGACACGUGUGGUUUUCAUAGCUUCGUGAACACUCCUUACAACAACUUCAUGAGCUAUGCAGAUGACGACUGUACAGACUCCUUCACGCCCAAUCAAGUCGCCAGAAUGCACUGUUACCUAGAUCUGGUGUACCAGGGUUGGCAGCCCUCCAGGAAGCCGGCGCCUGUUGCUCUCGCCCCCCAGGUUGUGGGCCACACUGCAGACUCGGUGAUGCUGGAGUGGUUCCCACCCAUCGACGGCCACUUUUUUCAAAGAGAAUUGGGAUCAGCAUGCGACCUUUGCCUGGAGGGGAGAAUCCUGGUGCAGUAUGCUCUCAAAGCCUCGUCCCCAAUGCCCUGUGGCCCAUCAGGACACUGGAGCCCUCGGGAAGCAGAAGGUCAUCCAGAUGUUGAACAACCCUGUAAGUCCAGUGUCCGCACCUGGAGCCCAAAUUCAGCGGUCAACCCACACACAGUCCCUCCAGCCUGCCCAGAGCCACAAGGAUGCUACCUCGAGCUGGAAUUCCGCUACCCCUUAGUUCCUGAGUCUCUAACCCUCUGGGUGACCUUUGUCUCCACGGACUGGGAUUCCAGCGGAGCUGUUAAUGACAUUAAACUCUUGACUGUCAGUGGGAAGAAUAUCUCCUUGGGUCCACAGAACGUGUUCUGUGAUAUCCCACUGACCAUCAGAGUCCGGGAUGUGGGUGAAGAGAUUCGUGGUAUUCAGAUCUACACGCUGGAUGAACACCUGGAGAUUGAUGCAGCGAUGCUGACUUCCACUGCAGACACCCCACUCUGCUUGGGAUGUAAACCUCUGCAGUAUAAGGUUGUCCGAGACCCUCCUCUCCAGGCGGAGAUGGCCUCACUCCUACACCUCAACAGAAGAUUCAUGGACAUGGAUCUGAAACUUGGCAGCGUGUACCAAUACCAGAUUAUCACCGUUUCAGGAACCGAAGAGAGUGAGCCAUCAUCUGCUGCCAUAUACAUCCAUGGAAGUGGAUACUGUGGUGAUGGUAUUAUCCAGAAAGACCAAGGUGAAGAAUGUGAUGACAUGAAUAAGAUGAAUGGUGAUGGCUGUUCCCUUUUCUGCCAAAAAGAGGUUUCCUUCAAUUGCCUUGAUGAGCCCAGCCGGUGCUAUUUCCAUGAUGGAGAUGGGGUAUGUGAAGAGUUUGAACAAAAGACUAGCAUUAAAGACUGCGGUGUCUACACGCCCCAUGGGUUCCUGGAUCAAUGGGCAUCCAACGCUUCAGUUUCCCAUCAAGACCAGCAGUGCCCAGGCUGGGUUGUCAUCGGACAGCCAGCAGCAUCCCAGAUCUGUCGAACCAAGGUGAUCGACCUCAGUGAAGGCAUUUCCCAGCAUGCCUGGUACCCUUGCACCAUCAGUUACCCAUAUUCCCAGGUCUCUCAGACCUCUUUCUGGCUCCAGACAUAUUUCUCUCAGCCAAUGGUUGCUACAGCUGUCAUUGUCCACUUGGUGACUGAUGGGACAUACUAUGGAGACCAAAAGCAAGAGACCAUCAGCGUGCAGUUACUAGAUACCAAAGACCAGAGCCACGAUCUAGGCCUCCAUGUCCUGAGCUGCAGGAACAAUCCCCUGAUUAUCCCUGUGGUCCAUGACCUCAGCCAGCCCUUCUACCACAGCCAGGCGGUACGUGUGAGCUUCAGUUCGCCCCUGGUCGCCAUCUCGGGGGUGGCCCUCCGCUCCUUCGACAACUUUGACCCUGUCACCCUGAGCAGCUGCCAGAGAGGAGAGACCUACAGCCCUGCGGAGCAGAGCUGUGUACACUUUGCUUGCGAGACCAUAGAUUGUCCGGAGCUGGUUGUGAAGAACUCUUCUCUCAAUUGCUCCAGCAGUGAUCGCUAUCAUGGUGCCCAAUGCACUGUGAGCUGCCAGACGGGCUAUGUGCUGCAGAUACAGCGGGAUGAUGAGCUGAUCAAGAGCCAGACGGGACCCAGCGUCACGGUGACCUGCACAGAGGGCAAGUGGAACAAGCAGGUGGCAUGUGAGCCUGUGGACUGUGGCAUGCCGGACCACCAUCAUGUCUACGCCGCCACCUUCUCCUGUCUGGAGGGUACCACUUUCGGCAGCAGAUGCUCCUUCCAGUGCCGCCAUCCUGCACAGUUAAAAGGCAAUAACAGCUUCCUGACCUGUAUGGAAGAUGGACUGUGGUCCUUCCCUGAGGCCCUGUGUGAGCUCAUGUGCCUCGCACCACCUCCGAUCCCCAACGCAGAUCUCCAGACGCCUAGGUGUCAUGAGAACAAACACAAGGUGGGCUCCUUCUGCAAGUACAAGUGUAAACCUGGAUACCACGUGCCCGGCCCCUCCCGGAAGUCAAAGAAACGGGCUUUCAAGACUCAGUGUACCCAAGAUGGCAGCUGGCAGGAGGGAGCUUGUGUUCCAGUUACAUGUGACCCACCUCCACCCAAAUUCCACGGGCUCUACCAGUGUACUAAUGGCUUCCAGUUCAACAGUGAGUGUAGGAUCAAGUGUGAAGACAGCAGCAGCUCCCAGGGACAAGGAAGCAACAUCAUUCACUGCCGGAAAGAUGGUACCUGGAGUGGCUCCUUCUAUGUCUGCCCGGAGAUGCAAGGCCAGUGCUCAGCUCCAAACCAGCUCAACAGCAACCUCAAGUUGCAGUGCCGUGAUGGCUAUGCCAUAGGGGCAGAGUGUACCACCUCGUGCCUGGACCACAACAGCGAGUCCAUCAUCCUGCCAGUGAACGUAACUGUGCGUGAUAUCCCCCACUGGAUGAACCCUACACGAGUGGAGAGAAUUGUCUGUACUGCUGGCCUGAAGUGGUAUCCUCAUCCUGCUGUGAUUCACUGUGUCAAAGGCUGUGAGCCCUUCAUGGGAGACAAUUACUGUGAUGCCAUCAACAACCGAGCCUUCUGCAACUACGAUGGUGGGGAUUGCUGCACCUCCACGGUGAAGACUAAAAAGGUCACCCCCUUCCCUAUGUCCUGUGACCUACAAGAAGACUGUGCUUGUCGGGACCCUGAGGCCCAAGAACAUAGCAGAAAAGACCUCCGGGGAUACAGUCAUGGCUAAAGCAGGACAAGAAGUGUGAAAGAAUUCCCAGUGCCAGGACCCACAUCCCUUUGGUAUUGUUUUCACAGUCCGCUGCUCAAUGGAAUGGCCUCUCCACACCAGGGAUCCUUAGCAACCCAACCAGUCUGCCUUUAAUUUCACCCAGGAAGGACUCACAGUGGGGCGAAUGAACCAAGUCGCAUCCUGUUGAAUGAUGGAAUGGAAUUCCAUCCCAACGUUCUGAAAUGGAUUGCCAUAGGCAAUGCAAAUCUGCGUGCAGUUCCAGAGCCUCCUCCAAAUGCUAAUCAUUUGUCACAUGACCAUAGCCAAAAACACCUUCUGUAUCUAGGAGUAUGCACAUCUGUGGUUAGUACACAAUGUGCAUGCAUACACACCCAUACAAACAUCUGUGUGAGAGAAGUUCUGGAG